CAUCCUCCGGUGCUGACGGGCGGCCUGGCCAGUCGGGGGUGGGGGGCGCCCCCCGCCGGGCGCCGGCGCGCCCGUGGGAGCUCGGCGGGGGGGCAGCGCCCCGCCCGCCGCCCCCCGCCCGAGGACCUGGGGCCCUCGGGCCAGGCGCUGUGGACGGCGGACGCGCCGAGGAGGGAGAGGCUGGCCCACUGGGGCCCGCUGCUCCGAUCCCAGCAGCAGCACCUGCACAUGUGCACGGCUCAGCACCUGCACACCAUGCAGGCGCAGAGGGAGAAGGCCGAGCGCGCGGCGCAGGCCGCGGACGAGCUGACCUGCGCCUCGGAGCGCUCUGGCGACCAGGCGCGCGAGCUCGAGAUGCUGCGGCAGCAGCUCCGCCAGGUGCAGGACGAGACGGAGCGGCUGCGGGCCCAGAGGGAGUCGGCGCAGCUCAGCAGGCGCCAGGAGGCCGAGAGGUCCCGGCAGGAGGAGGCCGAGAGGCAGCUGCGCGCGAGGGCGGCGGAGCGCUCGGCGGAGGC